AUGCUGAUGGCUGAGACAUGCGAUGGCGCGGAUGAGGAUGCCAACUGCAAGGGCAUAGACAAGGAGGCAGGCUUGCUUUUGGCCGCUAAACUGGGCCAUGAGGACAUCGUGCGCUUGCUGCUGGAGAUGCAGGCCAACAUGGACGUGGUGGAUCAGAAUGGCAUGACAGCCCUCCAUCAAACUUGUGCUCAAGGCAACUGUCGACUUGCCACUGCUCUCCUAGAAGCUGGCUGUGGCAUGGACAUCGGGGAUUCGGAUGGCAAGCGCGCCCUGCACUGGGCCAUCUACAAGAACCAUCCGCCGGCGGUGAGCUUGCUGCUUCAGGCCGGGGCCAACAAAGACUUGGCAGACAAUCGGGGUACGACGCCACUCCAUGCGGCCGUGGGCCAAAGAGACACUGGUAUUGUGCGCAUGCUUCUGCAGGCCGCUGCUAACGUGGACCAGCGCGACAGGGAUCGCAAGACAGCUCUGCAUUUGGCAUGUUUCGCAAACAACGUGGAUGCUGUGCGCGAUCUGUUGGAAGCCGGAGCAACUGUAGACUUGGCGGAUGGGCAUGGCAGGAAAGCACUGGAUUUGGCAUAUUCAAAGGAUUACGUGGAGGUCGUCUGCCUCCUGCUAGCUACUGGGGCUGAUGAGGCCUGGGUUCGAAGCAAUCUCAGCGACGAUGGCAGUGGGACUGUCUUACACUGGGCAGCCAAAAUGGGACGCGCGGAUGCAGUGCAAUUGCUGCUGCGCAUAGGAGUGGACCAGGACUUGCCCGACAGUCGUGGCAGAACAAUUCUCCACAUUGGGUCGGAGGCGGGUAAUGUCGGCUUGGUGCGUUGCCUCCUGGCCGCCGCAGCUUCGCUAGACAUGGCCGAUCACCGUGGCAUGACGGCGCUGCAUUAUGCGGCCGGGCGCGGCCACGAGGAAGUUGCGGGCUUGUUGUUGGAGACCCGAGCAGACAUGGACUUGAGAGACUUGCAUGGCAAGGCUGCGCUAGACUGGGCAAGUUGCCUGCUUGAUGCGUCCAUGGUGCGCCUACUCUCGGACCAUGCAGGGAAAGCUGAGCCAUAG